CCUGGCAGGUGUCGGCCAGUUCCCAUACCAGGCCCUCAUUGUCAGCGAUAGUAACAGUGUAUGCGGCGGGUCGCUCAUCACCCAAACAGCAGUCCUCACCGCCGCCUACUGCACCGUCAAGCGCACCAAAUUCACCGUUCGCCUGGGCGGCAUCUAUCGGAAUAAGACAGAGAAAACCGCCUUUAUUGUGCAAUCCAGAUGGGCUGUGGCGCACCCGGAAUACGGCGCUGGAGUUUUUCUCUCUAAUAACAUGGCUAUUAUAUUUCUGCCCAAGAAAGCUCCUACGAACCGUUACAUCAAGUUGGUCACGUUACCUUCUCCUGAUUACGAGGAAACCAUCCUCACGGGACUAACUGGCGAGGUCAGCGGCUGGGGACAGACUCUAAACUCUACAGAAAAUCAAGAAAUUCUUCGGUGGACUGAGGUGACUAUUAUCCCCAAUUCGAUAUGCCAAAUGUACUAUGAAGAGAAUCGCAUUACAUCCAAAAUACUGUGUGCCACAAACAAUUACGCUGGAUUUUGCCAUGGAGACCACGGCGGCCCCCUCGUCAUCGACAGCGACGGAGAGCUCUUGCAGGUGGGUGUGGCCAGCUUCUGCCACCGCACCUGCACGGACGAGACACCCGGCGCCUACUCCAAAGUGACCGCCUACAUGGAAUGGAUCACCAGAACCGCCGAGAUCCGUGAUGACUGAGAAACUGCCA